AUGGAGGAAGACUCAAAUACCAUACCGAAGCCAGAUAAUGACAAUAACAAUUGUCUUUAUAAUGAUCUAAUAGAUGACAAAUAUAUAUUAUCAAAUAAUGAUCGGUCGUACAUACCUACUAGAGUAUUUGAUGUUUAUUCAACCAAGGAUUUUUCAAAGGAUAAUAUGCCAUAUUUAGAUAUUUUUGCAAAAGAAUUCCAUCCAAAGGAACCAAUUAAACAAGAGCUUAUUGAUAAAGAACAUAAUCUAUUGAAUUUUGAACCAGAUUAUACUACACCAAAAUCUGCUAAUAGUGAUACAGUGCCUUUAAACAAAGUAACGAUUGAGAUACCUUCCAGAUCAGAUAACGAUGAAAUAAUAUCUGUACCGAUGACUAAUGAAUCUUUGCAAAAUGAAGGAAAAAAAUCUCUAUCUAUAGACAGCCAACCUUCUUCUUCUUUAAGUUCUAUUUAUCCGGCAGCUGACACCAAGGACCUGGAUAUAUCUUCUACCAAUGUAAUGAAAUACACGACUGCAGACUCAUACAUUACAAAGGAUUCAACUGAUAAAUGGCCAAGUGAAGUGGAAGAUGCAUUUAUAGCCUCUCUAAAACUAAUUCCUAAAAAAGGUACUUCCAAAAUUAAAGUGUUACACAAAAAUUACGGUAGAAAUGAAUUAAUCUCGUUAUAUAUUUAUUAUUAUACUAGAAGUUUCAGGUCUAAAAAACAAAUAUCAUCCCAUAUUCAAGUAUUGAAAAAAGCAAUUACCAGCAAGAAAGACAAUAAUCUGAGUAUAACAGAUUCGGAAUUAGAACUAUAUAACCUAAUUGAAAAUGGUGCUCCGAAGAAUGGAAAGACAAAAGAGAAUUUUGAGAAACAGUUUACUGUAAUUGUGGAAGAACUAGAGGAAGAAGUCUUAAGGGAUCCCAAACAUCUAUUAUGCGAGAAUUUUCCUAUGCUAAACCCCUUUAAUAAAAAAAAGAGAGAUCUACUGAAUGGGAAAUAUGAUAAACAAAAUCGUAUGAUUACUCCAUGUAGUACUAGAAAUAAUAUAAAUCCAACUUUUAAUUUUGACGGAGGUCAAGAAUUACUUGAAAAUAACCAAAAGUUAAUGUAUCCUGCAAAAUAUGCAAGAAAUAUGUAUGGAAAUCUUUCCGAGUAUAAAUGCUUACCUAUUAAUAUUGAAGAUGAUAAUGUGUAUUGCCCUUAUCCGACAAAUAAUAAUAAUAAUGAAAAAAAUGCAAAUAUUAUCUUAGAGGAUAAUACAUUUGGUAAAAAGUCAAUGACUAGAGAUGCUGCUUUAAAAGAAGCGUUAAAAGUUGAAAAGAAACAAAGAAGGUUAAUAAAUAUGGUAUCUAAAUCUUUACAAACCAAACAAAAUAUUGAAGAAAAUGAUACUGUAAUGGAACCCAAUAUAAACAGUUUUAAUAAUAAUUCUAAAAAUAGCAGAAAAAAUUCCAUUUCUCAAAAAACUAUCAACACUACCACCACUACUAAUUGUAAUAAUUCUUACAAUAAUGAUCUAGUUUCUGGAAAUAACAACGUAAAUGUCUUUGGGAUAUCAUCGAAUUACCCAUCUUAUUACUCAAAUUCACAAGUACAAUGGAAUACAGUAACCCAACCUUUGACAGCUCCGGCAAAUCCGCAAAACAACAAAGUAAAAGCUAAUAUUGAUGAUUUAUCAGAACAAUCACAACUGUUAACUCAGGCAGAUUCAGAAUUAUUACCAAAUCAAUCACAAUUAUAUUCCAUGGUUCAAAAAAACAGGUUAUAUCCAAAUAUUACACCAGUAGAUAGUCAUUUUCUAAGUAACUAUCCACCACUACAAUGGUUUUCACCCAAUAAUCAUUGGACAAUGUCUCAAUACAAUUUUAGUCCACCACAAUACACACAAAAUUCAGAUUUUGUUGAUUAUAAGUCAACUAAUCAAUCUGUCAUGGGACAACCUUCAGAUAAUCAACAACCGUAUUCCCAAUAUCAAUUACCAUACUUCAUGUCUGGUGGCCCACCAAACAGUUCCCCAACAUAUCCCACAUUCAAUUCUCAAAACGUGAACAAGCCGUUUCAUUAA